UUAAACUAUGAGAGACAACCAUGGAAGAAUUAGACGAAGCAGAUGAAAACAUUUUAGUUGGUCCUUUGCAGGGGAAAUUUUGUUUUAAAAUACAGGAGGGAAGAGUCGAUAAGAGCGCGGUCAUAUGUAAAUUAUGCAACAAGGAAUUCGCCUAUCACCGCAGCGUAUCAAGCCUCAAAUAUCACCUGAACGCAAAGCAUGUAGCAGCUAGCUUGGCAGAUACUAGCGUGGAAGCUAGUCCAACUGGGAGGAAGACGAAACAACCCACACUACACCAGCUGACUGGCUUCAAGGGCAGGGUAAGCAAGACCAAGGCCGAUAAAAUGACCAACGCGCUGGCUUACUGGGCGGCUCUCGACUGCAGACCCAUUGCUGUUGUAGAAGAUAAGGGGCUGGAAAAGAUUCUUCAGAUUGCCCUGUCUGACCCCACGUAUGAGCUGCCAUGUAGAAAAACGGUGACAAAGAGGGUCCAGCAGCUCUACGACAGUGAAAAGGGGGAGAAGGAGAAUUUGUUGAAGAAAGCCGAAUGCGUCGCUAUUACUGGAGAUCACUGGACCUCAGUCAGCAACGCAAAUUACCUCGGCGUGACCGCACACUUUAUUGACAACAAGUGGCGCCUUCACUCGUUUGCCUUAACCAUCAAGAAGAUAACCACGAGGCACUUUGCUGAAAACGUGGCAGAAGAUUUUGAGUCUGUGACGGAGGCCUGGGAAAUCACACAGAAAGUCACCACAAUCGGAACAGAUAGUGCCCGUACCAUGAUCGCUGCAAUGACACAGCUCACAUUUCAGCACAUGCCGUGUAUUGCUCACAUGGUACAGAGGACGAUCACAGUUUGUCUUAGUGACAGCGGGUUCACAGCCACACUGGCGAGAUGUCGUAAGAUAGUUGGGCAUUUUAAACACAGCCCCUCAAACACAGAGGAACUGCACAACGAACAAACACAACUGGGCCAAGACAACGAGCCACUGAUACAGGACGUUCCCACUAGGUGGAAUUCCACCCUGUUGAUGGUCUCUCGUCUGCUGAAAAACCAAGAUGCUGUUAAGGCUACGCUCGCCAAACAGAAGCACAAGCUCACCAUGUUGAAUGCAGCAGAAUGGGACAGACUGCAGAGGCUCGAAACCCUACUUUCCCCAUGCAGAGACGUGACAGAGCUCCUUGGGGGUGAGAAUUAUGUGUCAUGCUCAGUUGUGUUGCCUGCUCUCCGCCACCUGACCCGCACCAUGAAGGCCUCAGAUGAUGACCCAGCCUAUGUGGUGAAGUUCAAGGCUGCUUUUGAAAAGGACCUGUCUCAGCGUGAGGAUGCCCUAAAUCACAGAUUUCUACAAGUGGCUACAGCACUCGACCCUCGCUUUAAGGACCUAAAGUGUCUACCAAGAGGAGAGCGAGGAGAGGUGUGGACCAGCAUUGAGGCACUGGUGCAACAACAACCAGGCAGAGCCACUCCGGAAUGCACAGAGGAGCCAGCAUGGAAGAGGAGCCUCCUGCUGUAUAAUUCCGACUCUGAAUCAGAGGAUGAAGAUGGGCCCAAAGGAGCCGUGGCCCGCUACAAGGCAGAGCCUACCAUCAGUGAGAGAGACUGCCCACUGCAGUGGUGGUCCACUCAUGAGAGAGCCCAUCCACAGCUCUCUGUCCUGGCCCGCAAGUAUCUAGGCAGCCCUGCCACUUCGGUACCCUGCGAAAGAUUAUUCUCCCUGGCAGGUAAUAUAGUUCAAAAGAAGAGGGCAGCCCUGAGCUCCGAAAAUGUGAACAGGCUAGUAUGUCUCAGCAACUGGCUGAAAGAGAGGAAGUAAUAAGUUAAAUGUGUAUCCUGAGGCCAGUUGGCCAGUUGUGUUUCAAAUGGGAAAAAAUGGAGGUCAAUCACUGUCACUUUAUGUUGAACUGAACUGUCUGAAUGGCCAAUGUUACAAAGAGUUGGACUGAAUUUCAUUUUAUUUCUGACUUAUUUUUUGUAAACAGUUGAACUGUUGAUAAAUCCACGAAUUGUGUUAAAGCCUCAGAGGCUUUUUGUUCUGAAUGUACUUGAGAGUAUUGCAUUUUUGCAUUUAAAAAGCAGUAUUAAGCACUACCUAUACCUGUAGAGCUACCUGAAUUCUGAGUUUAGCGUUCCUAAAUAUGUUGAACUUUAAAAUUUGCACUGGCAUGUUGAUAUUUCUUUAAAGAAAAUAAACAAACAAUAUUUUGUUUAUUAAGCUUAUGUGUUGUCAUUCAAAAUCCAUGUGGAAAAAGUUACUUCCUGCUGUUUCCAAGUAUGCGAUUAAAAUGCGAUUAAUUCGAUUAAUUAAUUUCACAGCCAUGCGAUUAAUCGCG